AAUUGAGGGAGGAGCCUUUAUUAAAAGUGAAUCCUUAGGUGAACCUUCAGAGAUGAAAAUCGACAUUCACAGUCACAUUCUGCCCAAGGAGUGGCCUGAUCUAAAACAGAGAUACGGCUAUGGAGGAUGGAUCCAGCUGGAGCAACACAAUAAGGAGGAAGCAAAGAUGAUGAAAGAUGGGAAGGUUUUCAGAGUUAUCCAAGACAACUGCUGGGAUCCAGAGGUUCGAAUAAAACAGAUGGACAAGUCAGGAGUCACUGCCCAAGUCCUUUCCACAGUUCCUGUCAUGUUUAGCUAUUGGGCCAAACCACAUGAUACACUAGACCUGUGCCAAUUAUUAAACAACGACUUAGCUGCUACAGUCAUGAAGUACCCAAAGAGGUUCAUUGGCCUUGGCACACUCCCCAUGCAAGCUCCAGAUCUGGCUGUGAAGGAAAUGUAUCGCUGUGUAAAUGAACUUGGAUUUCCUGGUGUUCAGAUAGGAUCUCAUGUGAACGACUGGGACCUGAAUGCCCCAGAGCUCUUUCCAGUCUAUGCCGCUGCUGAACAUUUAAACUGCUGCCUCUUUGUGCAUCCCUGGGAUAUGCAGACCGAUGGAAGAAUGUCUAAGUACUGGUUUCCUUGGCUUGUAGGCAUGCCCUCAGAAACAACCAUUGCUAUUUGUUCUAUGAUAAUGGGAGGGGUCUUUGAAGUUUUCCCCAGGCUGAGAGUUUGUUUUGCCCAUGGAGGUGGUUCUUUUCCUUACACACUUGGGCGCAUUUCUCAUGGAUUCAAUGUGCGACCUGACUUGUGUGCAGUACAUAAUAAAAUUGAUCCAAAGAAAUACCUUGGUUCAUUCUACACGGACUCCCUCGUCCAUGAUGCACGUGCUCUGAAGCUCUUGACAGAUGUAGUAGGAAAGGACAAGGUAAUAUUGGGAACUGAUUAUCCAUUCCCACUUGGAGAACAUGAACCUGGGAAACUGAUUGAAUCCAUGGAGGACUUUGAUGAGGAAGUGAAGGAUAAGCUCAAGUUUGGCAAUGCCCUUGCAUUUUUGGAUCUUGACAGAAAGCAGUUUGAAUAAUAUUAGGAUGCCUUGAACAUCCAACCUCGGCGGCUUUAACUACAACAGGAGAAAAUGCAGACCAGGCACUACUUGCAAAGUAUCAGUGAGCAAUCCCAAAGUCCCAGCUGGGUUACCAGAAAUUGUUGUUCCCCAAAAGAACAGUGGAUUUGUGCCUGGUGGGCUGCAGUGAAUUAACUCACAGGAUUAGAGGAUGGAAAAAAACAUGAAACCUUUAUUCACGGUUUGCAUAGAAAGGAGAGCAUGGCAAUCAUUCGCAGAGCAAACACCGAUGUCUAUCAAUUUACAAGUCUUUUAAAAACUUUCCAACUAAUAGCGUGUUACAAUCUGAUGGGCUCUUUGCCACCUGUAUUGUCAUGGGUUGUUCAGUUUGCUUAUGACCUGCAAGGAAAGUUAACACGGCACUCUCAAUGCAAACAAGCCAGAGCUAGGUUCCAACUCUUAAAUGACCUGAAUACAGGAUUUAAAUUUUCUUAGUAUAGCAGUCAUCACUACUUCACAUAUUUAUGGACAGUUUGAGGCUUUUAUGUAAAACCAUACAGCUGCAGUCUUAGUAAAUUGAAUCCCAUGUCAAUUCUUAAUUUGUGUGUGUGUGUGCAUUUCUGUUUGUUACUAAUUUCCAUUUCCAUCAAUGUUGUGGGCAUUAUCUUCCUGAAAAAAGUGACCAUUGUCAGAAUGAAGAUUGAUUAUAUAGGCCUAAAUCCAAUGGUUGGCCUGAUAAUGCUAGACUUAAUGAUACCAGUCUUGACUUUCCCAUUGAUUUUCUCUACGUGGUACUUAGACAACAGAUUUGGGAUGAGGAAGAUGUAGGUAUUUUUCUCUCUCAGGAAGAGUUGUUAUCUUCUAAACACGUUGUUCAUCCCUUCUCUGAAAUGUUUAGAAGCAGAAGUAUUUUGGAUUUCACAUUUUGGAGUAUCUGGAUUUGUAUAUACAUACAUCUAUAUAAAUAAAAAUGUAAUAUUCAUUUGUGGGAUUGACAUUACUCAAAAACUACUGGACAAAUUGACACCAAAUUUGGACACAACCCACCUAUCAGGCCAAUGAGUGACCAUCACUCAUAAAAACACUGAAAAACACAGCAGAAGAGACUUUAAAAGCAAAAAAAAAAGUACUCUACAACGCAUGUGCAAAGACACAUAUACACAUAUACAGAAAUAUAUACACACACAAAACACAUAUACACAGCAGACUGGGCCAUAGCAACACGUGACAGGUACAUAUAUAAAAUGUAUCUAUCUAUCUAUCUCUGGAAGAUGAGACCCAAGUCUAAACAUGAAAUAUGUGUUUUAUGUGCACCAUAUACAUAUAGCCUGAAGACAAUGGUAUGCAAUGUUUUUAAAUUAAAUUUGUAUAUGAAAUAAGGUUUGGGUACACUGAAUCAUCAGAAAACAAAGGUGUCACUGUCUUAGCCAACCACGUGGGAAAUUUUUGAUUUCGGGGUGUUUUGGAAUUCCAGAUAAGGGAUGUUCAACCUGGAAUACAACUUCUAUGGCUCUUUUAUACCUACAGUUGGAGGCUAAGGCUUGGCUCUUUGAACCCAGACUAUGAACCCUUCCAUAGUGGGAAUAUCACCUAAGAUUAUUGUGACUGACAGCAGAAUCAGAAGGAAACAGCCAAUCACAGUCCAGAGAAUGUUGAGGAGGGCGGGGUGAAGGGGAAAGCCCAUAGGACAGUUUAACUGACGAAGUUUUGAAUGUAUUACUGACAGUUGAGUGGAAUGGUACUGAGGGAGACACAGCUCUGUCUGAGAGAAACAAGAGAAGAGAAAGUAGUUUUAGGGCUCCAGAAGUUUUGGAGUCAGAUACAAAUGGUGACACUGCUAGAAGCAGUGAGCCAGCAUUCGUGUUUGUUGUGAUAAGCCUUUUCUUGAAUAAACUGUUACUGGUUGUUUAA